GCCCAGACUUCCUCUCAUCAUGAUCCUCCACCGACCUUUGGUAAUGGUGGCUGCCAUUAUGGCUGUCAUGUACGCAGCAACAGCUGACCAUCCUCCCUCCGGAGGAUAUGGGGGCGGAAGUGGAGGAAGUGGAGGAAGUGGAGGCCACGGAGGCGGUGGAGGCCAUGGAGGCGGUGGUGGAGGUGGCGGCGCGGGUGGAUUUGGCGGUGGUAACGGCGGCGCCGGUGGAUUCGGCGGUAGCGGCGCUGGUGGUGCUGGCGGAUUUGGCGGUAGCGGCGCCGGCGGUGCUGGCGGUAGCGGUGGAUAUGACGGAGGAAGCGGUGCUGGUGGACAUGGCGGCGCCGGCGGUGCUGGAGGUUUCGGCGGUAGUGGAGCUGGUGGUGCUGGCGGAUUCGGCGGUAGCGGUGUUGGCGGUGCUGGCGGAUUUGGCGGUAGCGGUAGCGGCGCUGGCGGUGCUGGCGGAUAUGACGGCGGAAACGGAGCUGGUGGCGCCGGCGGAUUCGGCGGUAGCGGCGCUGGCGGUGCCGGCGGAUUCGGCGGUAGCGGCGCUGGCGGUGCCGGCGGAUUCGGCGGUAGUGGAGCUGGCGGUGCCGGCGGAUUCGGCGGUAGCGGCUCUGGCGGCGCUGGCGGAUUCGGCGGUAGCGGCUCUGGCGGCGCUGGCGGAUAUGAUGGCGGAAACGGUGGUGGCGGCGCUGGCGGAUUCGGCGGCAGCAGCGCUGGCGGAUUCGGCGGUAACGGCGCUAGCGGAUUCGGCGGUAGCGGCUCUGGCGGCGCUGGCGGAUUCGGCGGUAGCGGCUCUGGCGGCGCUGGCGGAUUCGGCGGUAGCGGCUCUGGCGGCGCCUGCGGUCUUGCUCAAGUCAGUGCCAUCGCUCUCAAAUACUUACGCGCAUGUGACAUGAAUAUAAAUAUACAUGUAAGCGUGUGUCCAUCAACCGUGUUUCUUAUUCCCUCCAGUUAUACUCAGUUAUUUGGUCCCCUGCGUUUUCAUUUGUCAGACCGGAGUACUUUUGCGUUCGUUAAGAGAUAUGAACUAUAG